AUGUUCCAGUUCCACCUUUGGGCCCUUCUCAGGCUCUUUGCUCUUCUCUCUUCGUUGGCUACCGCCUCAAGAAUCGUUUUUGAAGAAGCGGGCCAUCUACCGGCGGGGUGGGAGGUCGAUCGCCAUGCCACCGAUUCCGAUCGGAUACAACUUUCCAUAGCGCUGAAAGAAGCCGGGAUGGAAGAGCUGAUAAGACGUCUCAUACAGCAAUCUACAUCUGACGACCACCCCAACAGCCGUCAUCUUGCAAAGGAAGAGGUUGAGCAACACCGUCAACCAGACCAGAGGUCAGUCACAGCGGUAGGCCGUUGGCUACAGUCCCACGGUAUCAAAAGCUACAAUGCGGACAACAGCUGGAUCACCUUCGACGCUACAGCUGCUACAGUCCAGGCGCUCUUUGAAGCCGACCUAGCCUACUACUCGUACAACGGUGAUCCCAGCACCCAGAUCCUUCGUUCCCGCUCUUACACGAUCCCCCGGUGGCUCAGCGACGACAUCGACUUCGUCCACCCGCUUACAAACUUUAUGCCUCCUCGCAACCGCAACGACGGUACCCUACGCGUCGACCCUCGCCAGCCAACUCGACCAAAACUGUCCGCCCGAGAGGACUUUUUUGCCCCUCCUUGCUGGACCGGCACAUUCCCUGGUUGCAUUCGCAAGCUCUAUAACCUCACCUAUACUCAACCCUCCGACUCUCACUCCCCCUCCCCCGUGCGUUUCGGCAUCGCUGGUUUCUUGGAACAAUACAUCACUCACCGCGACGUGACCUCCUUCCUAACCACUUACGCGCCCGAACUACUCCUUCCCACGCCCACUCCGUCCCGGGGCGGCAGCGGGGGUAGCCUUACGCUCCCUCCUGUCACAAACACCACCACCGAGCCCCCCUACAACAUCACCAUAACCCUCCUUAACAACGCCACCCGUUGGGAUCCGCACUCCACCGACCCCGCCCUCUCCGGCCUCGAAGCCAACCUCGACGUGCAAUACGCUCUCAGUCUGGGUCAUCCUACUCAAGUCAUCUACUACGCCACUGGCGGGCGCGGGACCAAACUCGACUCUUCCGGCCGUCCUCUCCCUGCGAACGAUCAUAAAGCGAACAACGAGCCCUUCCUCGAGUUCUUGCAGGCCCUUCUUGCGUCACCGGACAACCAGAUACCGCAUGUUCUAAGCAUCAGCUAUGCAGACGACGAGCAAUCCGUCCCGCGCAAAUACGCUCACAGAGUAUGCGACCUCUUCGCUGCCUUGGCUGCACGUGGCACUUCCGUCCUCGUGACAACUGGCGACGGGGGAGCAGCAGGUAUUGGCUUCUCGGCCGGAGGCGGCGACGGUUGCAUCAAAAACGAUGGAUCAGGUAGACGGGCAUUCGUGCCCACAUUCCCUGCUUCCUGUCCCUGGGUCACCAGUGUAGGAGCAACUGAUAACACGGCCCUAAACCUGACCGGCGCUGCGUUUUCUAGCGGUGGCUUCAGCGAGUACUUUGAUCGUCCUCUCUGGCAGCGAGCGGCAGUGGACCCUUACGUCGCCAGCCUUCUCCGCUCUCAAUCAAGCAAACCGGGUGAACCAAGCCAGCCCCGUGAUCCGAAAGGAGUCUACUUCUCCCACAAUGGGCGCGGUACGCCAGACAUUGCUGCCAUCGGCUCGGGCUUCCAGAUCAUGCACCGCGGAGAGAUGGUGGAAGUACGCGGGACGAGUGCGUCAACGCCGGUGGUGGCGGCUAUGGUGGCGCUGGUUAACGAUCAGCGCUUGCGACAAGGGAAGAGGAGCCUAGGGUGGUUGAAUGGAUAUUUGAACUUGGACCCGAGGGUGCGAGGAGUGUUGACGGAUGUGAAGUGGGGACGAAGUGAGGGAUGUGUCUUUCCUGGGGAGGCAUUGGAGAAGGGGGAAGGCAAGGGAAAGGGGAAAGGCCGAAUUAUAAAGAAAAGGCAGGGGAACUCGACGGAGAAUGGCGGUACGCAUGAAGGAGAUGGAGAGAGUGAGGGACAUGGAGAGGAAUGGGAAUGGGAAGGGGAAGUUGGAGUGGGACAGGGAGAGCAGAGUGAAAAUGGUGUUUUGGGAGGAUGGGAUGCGAAGAAGGGGUGGGAUCCUGUAACGGGAUUGGGAGUUCCUGGUGACUUUCAGGAGAUGUUAAAGGUCUUGGGCAGUGUUUGGUAA